AUGAAGUCCCGGUCGCGCACGACUUCGUUGCAGUGGUCAGCCGGUUUGAACCGGCCGACGUCACCGUCCGUCAGGUCCCCUAAAGCACCCUCAAACGUGGUAGUGGCCACGCCGCUGGUACCCGCCCAAGUCCUCAUCAAAGGCGUUUGGACGCCAUCUGGCCUUGCUGUAAACGUGGGCAGACAUCACAGCAGGUCCAUCGCAUCGUCACAUGAUUCCGAGGUAAACAUGCUGCUGAACGACGCCCGCCUCCCUGCCACUGGCUCGAAGAGCGUCGACAACCGCUUCGCUGGACUCCCGUCGCUGCCGGAGAGCGACAAAUCCGCAGAAUUUAAUGGCAGCUUAAGCGCACUGGUGAGAAAGAGUGCCGAGGUGAUGAGCGCUACGUCAACGCGCAAGUCCGCCGGCUCAUUAUUCUGGUCGAAAUCUCCGUUCACCGAGAUCCUGCCCAUGGUGCGCAGUUCGAAGAGCGUCACCGUCAAACACUCCGGCGUCGCGGCAGCGCCCUCGGCUUCGUCGGCUAAAGCUUCAGCGUUCCAAAGUAAUGGCGAGAUUGCCGCUCUCCUAGUUGACUCUCCAAUACAGCGCCAGACGGCCUUCCGCAGUGACUCAGCGGCGAGCCUGGGCAACCGACGUGACAUGAAAGCGAGGAAGACACAAGGGCUCGAACCAUGGACGCCGCGGACAUCCUCUGGCUUUUUAGAUCCAACCAAGAGCCGCGGAGGCAGUCCUGGAACAACCCCUGAACAGCGGACACUGCAGACAGCGUCUGGCCUUUUAGAUCCAUCCAAGACCCCCCGAGGCAGUCCUGGAGCAAUUCCUGAAGCUUCACGAGGCGGCCUUUCCUUGGAACUGUGGACGCCGCUGGCAGCAUCCGGAUCGUUAGAUUCAACCAAGAGCCCCCGAGGUUGUCCUGGAACAACCCAUGAACUGCGAACACCGCAGGCAGCAUCUGGCCUUCUAGAUCCAACCAAGAGCCCCCGAGGCAGUCCUGGAACAAUUCUUGGAGCUUCACGAGGCGGCCUUUCUCCGGAACCAUGGACGCCGCUGGCAGGCUCCGGCUUUUUAGAUCCAACCAAGAGCCCCCGAGGCAGUCCUGGAACAACUCAUGAACUGCGGACACCGCAGGCAGCAUCUGGCCUUUUAGAUCAAACCAAGAGCCCCCGAGGCAGUCCUGGCACAAUUCUUGAAGCUUCACGAGGCGGCCUUUCUCCGGAACCAUGGACGCCGCUGGCAGGCUCCGGCUUUUUAGAUCCAACCAAGAGCCCCCGAGGCAGUCUUGGAACAACUCAUGAACUGCGGACACCGCAGGCAGCAUCUGGCCUUUUAGAUCAAACCAAGAGCCCCCGAGGCAGUCCUGGAACAAUUCUUGAAGCUUCACGAGGCGGCCCUUCUACGGAACCAUGGACGCCGCUGGAAGGCUCCGGCUUUUUAGAUCCAACCAAGAGCCCCCGAGGCAGUCCUGGAAAAACCCCUGAAUUUCAGACACUGCAGGCAGCAUCUGGCCUUUUAGAUCCAACCAAGAGCCUCCGAGGCAGUCCUGGAACAAUUCCUGAAGCUUCACGAGGCGGCCUUUCUUUGGAACUGUGUACGCCGCUGGCAGCAUCCGGUUCUUUAGAUCCAACCAAGAGCCCCCGAGGCAGUCCUGGAACAACCCAUGAACUGCGGGCACCGCAGGCAGCAUCUGGCCUUUUAGAUACUACCAAGAGCCCCCGAGGCAGUCCUGGCACAAUUCUUGAAGCUUCACGAGGCGGCCUUUCUCCGGAACCAUGGACGCCGCUGGCAGGCUCCGGCUUUUUAGAUCCAACCAAGAGCCCCCGAGGCAGUCCUGGAACAACUCAUGAACUGCGGACACCGCAGGCAGCAUCUGGCCUUUUAGAUCAAACCAAGAGCCCCCGAGGCAGUCCUGGCACAAUUCUUGAAGCUUCACGAGGCGGCCUUUCUCCGGAACCAUGGACGCCGCUGGCAGGCUCCGGCUUUUUAGAUCCAACCAAGAGCCCCCGAUGCACUCCUGGAACAACUCAUGAACUGCGGACACCGCAGGCAGCAUCUGGCCUUUUAGAUCAAACCAAGAGCCCCCGAGGCAGUCCUGGAACAAUUCUUGAAGCUUCACGAGGCGGCCCUUCUACGGAACCAUGGACGCCGCUGGCAGGCUCCGGCUUUUUAGAUCCAACCAAGAGCCCCCGAGGCAGUCCUGGAAAAACCCCUGGACUUCAGACACUGCAGGCAGCAUCUGGCCUUUUAGAUCCAACCAAGAGCCCCCGAGGCAGUCCUGGAACAUUUCUUGAAGCUUCACGAGGCGGCCUUUCUACGGAACCAUGGACGCCGCUGGCAGGCUCCGGCUUUUUAGAUCCAACCAAGAGCCCCCGAGGCAGUCCUGAAAAAACCCCUGAAUUUCAGACACUGCAGGCAGCAUCUGGCCUUUUAGAUCCAACCAAGAGCCCCCGAGGCAGUCCUGGAACAAUUCUUGGAGCUUCACGAGGCAGCCUUUCUCCAGAACCGUGGACGCCGCUGGCAGCAUCCGGCUUUUUAGAUUCAACCAAGAGCCCCCGAGGCACUACUGGAACAACUCCUGACCUGCGGGCACCACAGGCACUAUCUGGCCUUUUAGAUCCAACCAAGAGCCCCCGAGGCAGUCCUGGAACAAUUCUUGAAGCUUCACGAGGCGGCCUUUCUCCGGAACCAUGGACGCCGCUGGCAAGCUCCGGCUUUUUAGAUCCAACCAAGAGCCCCAGAGGCAGUCCUGGAACAACCCUUGAACUGCGGACACCGAAGGCAGCAUCUGGAAUUUUAGAUCCAACCAAAAGCCCCCGAGGCAGCCCUGGAGCAACUUCUGAACUGCGUACACCGCAGGCAGUAUCUGGCCUUUUAGAUCCAACCAAGAGCACCCGAGGGAGUACUGGAACAUUUCCUGAAGCUUCACGUGGCGGCCUUUCUCGGGAAACAUGGGCGCCGCUGGCAGCAUCCGGCUCUUUAGAUCCAACCAAGAGCCCCCAAGGCAGUUCUGAAACAACCCUUGAACUGCGGACACCGCAGGCAGCAUCUGGCCCUUUAGAUCCAAUCAAGAGCCCCCGAGGCAGUCCUGUAACAACUCUUGAACUUCGGACACCGCAGGCAGUAUCUGGCCUUUUAGAUCCAACCAAGAGCCCCAGAGGCAGUCCUGGAACAAUUCCUGAAGCUUCACGUGGCGGCGUUUCUCCGGAAUCAUGGGCGCCGCUGGCAGCAUCCGGAUCUUUAGAUCCAACCAAGAGCCUCCGAGGCAGUCCUGGAACAACCCUUGAACUGCGGACACCGCAGGCGGGAUCUGGCCUUUUAGAUCCAACCAAGAGCCCCCGAGGCAGUCCUGGAACAAUUCCUGAAGCUUCACGAGGUGGCCUUUCUCCGGAACCGUGGACACCGCAGGCAGCAACUGGCCGUUUAGAUCCAACCAAAAGCCCCCGAGGCAGUCCUGUAACAACUCUUGAACUUCGGACACCGCAGGCAGCAUCUGGCAUUUUAGAUCCGACCAAGAGCCCCCGAGGCAGUCCUGGAACAACUCCUGAACUGCGGACACCGCAGGUAGUAUCUGGCCAUUUAGAUCCAACCAAGAGCCCCCGGGGGAGUCCUGGAACAACUCCUGAAUCUUCGCGUGGCGGCUUUUCUCCGGAACCAUGGGCGCCGCUGGCAGUAUCCGGCUGUUUAGAUCCAACCAAGAGCCCCCGAGGCAGUCCUAGAACAACCCUUGAACUGCGGACACCGCAGGCAGCAUCUGGCCUAUUAGAUCCAACCAAGAGCCCCCGAGGCAGUCCUGGAACAACUCCUGCAAUGCCGACACCGCAGGCAGUAUCUGGCCUUUUAGAUCCAACGAAGAGCCCCCGAGACAGUCCUGGAACAAUCCCUGAAGCGUCACGAGGCGGCCUUUCUUCGGAACCGUGGACGCCGCAGGCAGCGUCUGGCUUUUUGGAUCCAACCAAGAGCCCCCGAGGCAGUCCUGAAACAACUGAAGCGUCACGAGGUGCCAUAACCGCUGAACCACGGACACCACAAGCAGCAUCUGGCCUUUUAGAUCCAAUCAAGAGCACCCAAAGCAGUCCUGGAACAAUUCCUGAAGCUUCACGAGGUGGCCUUUCUUCAGAACCGUGGACGCCGCAGGCAGCAUCUGGCCUUUUAGAUCCAACCAACAGCCCCCGAGGCACUCCUGGAACAACUCCUCACCUGUCAGACGGACCUCUGCCUUCGCUUGCGGAUAAUUCUUCCCAACAUAAACUACUCGAGCAUUGGCCACCUGUGGCGACCGCUGGAACUCUGGACCCUAUGAAGAGCCCUCGUUUAGGUGUACAAGCAUCAUCCCCAGCUUCAAGAACCAUUCUUACGGAAACGUCACCACAGCAAAUCCAGUCGCCGCAACCUCCGGGCGGCCCGCUACCGACCAUUACGAGCCCAUUCACACCAUCUUCCCAAGUCGCAGCAAGCAUCUCCAGGCUAUCAUCAAUGCAGCACCUCGGCAAUCCUCCAUCAGCAAUGGCGGAAAUUAUUGCGACAGAAAAAUCACCGGUUUCGUCUGCCGAACAUGGAGUCACCACAGCACAUGCAAGUACUGUAAUGAGUUCAAGUUCUCACGGCACUAUUAGCACCCUCGGUCACGGUGGGCGCCCGGUCACUGUAUUUGCUCCGUCAUCCUCUGAGACGUGCAUGUCGCCAGCCACUGCAAAGAGCCCUAGCGAGAGCUCUCUCGGGUCUCCUAGACGCGCGCUCAGCGCCCUGGGUCCCGCUUCUCCUUCGAAGAAGUUUAGCGACUUGGCAUCGCCAGGUGAGAUAAGAAGGCUUCUGGAAGCCAAGGGCAGCGCAGCGUGCUUUUCUCCCCAGCACAGUAUCAGCCAUACUGACACGUCGUCGACACAGCUUCUUGCCCGACCAAUCUCGGCUCUGGGAGAACAUCACGAACUAGCGGAAACCAAAACAGCAGUCCGAAGCACAGGAUCAAAGGUAUCCUUGACAGAGAAAGGUUCGGACCUGAAGCUUCCAUCCUGUCCUUUAUCGUCUUCACAGACGUCUACAUCGGAGAAGAAGCCGCGAGGGGGAUCUUCGCUGCUCGUGCUCACGUCAACGGAUCACAUGCCCGCUCGCAAGUCAUCCGGAAGAGGACUCGCAGAGCUGGACAAGACGAAAUCGUCAUCGACGGCCUUUACCCAAGGAGCCGAAGCGAAGACCGGCACCGAUAGACAAGAGCUCGGCAUGCGUGCAAGCACGGAACUUUUGGCAGCGGGUUCGACAGCCCGACAGCUCGAGAUAUCGAGUCUGCCUUUUUCAGGCCGUGCCCAAAAAUCAGGCCCGACUUCCCCGGAAACUGACGCCAAAGGUUCGCCUCAGAGGAAGAAAGACAAGAAAAGUCACAAGGGGCUAAAGGUACUCAAGGGUUCGAUGGCUCCAACCGACGACGAGAACUUAUCUAUCUCGGAGCACAUCGCACAGGCCAUCUCCGAAUCUUCGGCCGACUUCGCAGACAUACCACUGCAGGUGAACAUGACCAUCGACUUGGUGCCGCCCAAGAGCACCGGUCCCAUGUCUCCACCACGGUCAAUCAUGUCGCCGGUACACAUAGAAAAGAAGAUGAUCGUCGAGAGCUGCAAGGAUGGUCACGUGGAAGUCAAAGUUCCCCCCGUGUACAUCGACUCGCCAGACGGAAGAUGCGUCGUUGACGAAGCCCUGAAUGUUUCUAUCUCCGUAGACGUCGGCAAGCAGGCCAGCCAGGGCCGCAGGAGUCCCGAAGAAGAAAGCCACCAACCGGACGAAAACCACCAUCCCGAAGAAGGCCACCAUCACGAGAAACAGUGA